AUGGAUUGUGUGUUUUACGGCUUAGUAUUUCCCUCAUGGUGUUAUAAUGAUAAGAAAACAAACCAGGAUGCUCUGAGCCACAGUCGCAUACGCGUUCAACCCGACCAGCGGGUACGUCUGCUCGCUGACCUGCGGGACAAACUGGCAGAUGGCGACGACGACGAGGACGAAGAUGUACAUGGCGGACGUCUCGACGAGCACGAAGAAGAUGCGCAUGUACCGCCCGCGGUUGUGGGAUGUGGAUAUGUCUCGGGUGGUGGUGUAGAUUCUGUACCCGAUUAG